CUAUCUAGUCUAUUUCCAAAUAAUCUUUCACUCAACCCCCCAAACCCAUUAUUGACCAAUCACCACCCUUGCCAUAUUCCAUCCUAUAUCUCUCUCUUUUUUUAUCUUUCUCUUUCUCUUUCUCUUUCCUUCAUCAAUUAAAUUGACAUUUUUGUUCUACCUCCCUCCCUACCACCAUGGGAAAUUGUUGCUCCCAAGGAGGGGAUGCCCCGGCAGCGACCGACAAUUCAGCCACUGCCGAAAAGGGAGAAACAAAUGAACAAAACACCAGCAACGAUAACGAGCCAUCAACAAAUCCUAUGACGACACCACCACCAACAUCAAAACCACCGCCGACAACCUCACCAUCUCCAUCAACAAAACCCUCGAAACCGGCCGCAAUGGGCCCGGUUUUACAAAGGCCAAUGGAGGACGUGAGAGCCACAUAUACAAUAGGGAAAGAGCUAGGGAGAGGACAAUUUGGUGUAACACAUUUAUGCACACAUAAGGUAACAAAGGAACAAUUUGCAUGCAAAACAAUUGCAAAGAGAAAACUAGUGAAUAAAGAGGAUAUAGAGGAUGUUAGAAGGGAGGUGCAAAUAAUGCAUCACCUAACGGGUCAAGCAAAUAUUGUGGAAUUAAAAGGUGCAUAUGAAGAUAAACAAUCGGUUCAUUUGGUGAUGGAAUUAUGUGCGGGUGGUGAAUUAUUUGAUAGAAUUAUUGCAAAGGGACAUUAUACGGAACGUGCCGCAGCUUCUUUAUUAAGAACAAUUGUUCAAAUAGUUCAUACUUUGCAUUCAAUGGGUGUUAUUCAUAGAGACCUUAAGCCUGAAAAUUUCUUAUUGUUGAAUAAGGAUGAAAAUGCACCCCUCAAAGCCACAGAUUUUGGUCUAUCCGUUUUUUUCAAACAAGGAGAGAUGUUCAAGGACAUUGUUGGUAGUGCAUAUUACAUAGCACCAGAGGUGUUGAAGAGAAGAUAUGGGCCAGAAGUUGACAUAUGGAGUAUUGGUGUCAUGCUAUACAUUCUUCUUUGUGGUGUCCCUCCCUUUUGGGCAGAAUCUGAACAUGGUAUAUUCAAUUCCAUAUUAAGAGGCCACGUUGAUUUUACAAGCGAUCCAUGGCCUUCAAUUUCACCUGCAGCAAAAGAUCUUGUAAGCAAAAUGUUAAAUUCAGAUCCCAAACAAAGACUUACAGCAUAUGAAGUUUUGAAUCAUCCUUGGAUCAAGGAGGAUGGAGAAGCACCAGAUAAACCUAUUGACAAUGCUGUAUUGAAUAGGCUCAAACAGUUCAGAGCAAUGAACCAAUUUAAGAAAGUUGCUCUAAAGGUGAUUGCUGGAUGCUUAUCAGAAGAAGAAAUCAUGGGAUUGAAAGAAAUGUUCAAGGGUAUGGACACUGACAAUAGUGGAACCAUUACAAUUGAAGAACUCAAACAAGGGCUUGCAAAACAGGGGACAAAGCUUUCAGAACAAGAAGUUAAACAAUUAAUGGAAGCUGCUGAUGCUGAUGGAAAUGGAACAAUAGAUUACGAUGAGUUCAUCACAGCAACAAUGCAUCUGAACAGAAUGAAUAGAGAAGAACAUCUUUACACUGCUUUCCAAUAUUUUGAUAAAGAUAACAGCGGGUUCAUUACUACUGAAGAAUUAGAUCAAGCUCUUCGUGAAUACAACAUGCAUGAUGGCAGAGACAUCAAGGAUAUCCUUCAAGAAGUUGAUGGAGAUAAUGAUGGACGUAUUAACUAUGAUGAGUUUGCAGCUAUGAUGAGAAAAGGAAAUCCAGAAGCUCAUACUAAGAAGAGGCGUGAUUCAUUUGUUUCACUUUAGUGGUGGUGGGUUGUUAUUAUUAUUAGCCUAUAUAAAAGGGUUCAUUUGUUUUAACCCUAUGUUUUUUCUUCGGUGGUGAAGUUGAUGAGUGAUGAAAAAAAAAUGGUUAUGGAUUCAUUGUACAUGUAAAUUGCAUCGUGGUUUUGGUGGUUGGGAGGGGAUAUAGGUAAAUGGGUCAAAGGUGGAAACAAAAUGUCCAAAAAAAAAUGGGGGAAGGGGUGAAAAGAAAACAAACUAACCUUUGAGAAAUGUGGAGAUAUGAUAGGGUAUUUGGUUGGUUAACAUUAUUUUUCCUUUACCUUGUGAAAAUUGUAACAAGUCGUGUAUUAAAAUUGACACUUAAUUAGGAAAAAAAAGGGUGUUUGUGUACUAA